AUGUCCAGCAAGCCCUCGUUCGUGAACAGGCUCAAAACCGAGCUUGAAUCCUCUAUCACGAGACAAGCAGCUGAUGAUGUCACUGCUUACGUGUCAUCAAGAAAGAAAGUCAACAGCAUGGUCAACAAAUACAUCGUCAAGAAUUCGAAGACCUUUAACCAAAAUGCUUCACCACUCACAGACAUUGGUAAAAUGUUGAAAGAGCCGGCAGAGUCAAUUGGUGUAUCAGUCCUGAGGUCUGUAUUGACAGUCUUGUCCAGUCAAAAGCAAAACUCGAGCAAGAAAAGUUGGUCAAGUUUUCUUACCAAGUUGACCGAGACCAGUCGCAUACAUUCCGAAACGAAGCAAGAAAGUGAAGCCGAGGAAUUGCGCUGA